UCGGCUCGCGGCGGAGCGGGUGCACAAACGGGAGGAAAAUCAUCAAAUACGGCCAAACUUUUCUCUCUCUCCAGUAUAAUGGCUUCUGGCUCGAGCACUAUGAAGAUUCUCAUUAAAGGUGGGCGGGUCGUGAAUGAUGAUGUCACUCAGGAGGCGGACGUCUACAUUGAGAAUGGAGUCAUAAAGCUGGUGGGCCGUGAGCUCAUGAUUCCUGGCGGGGCUAAAGUGAUUGACGCAUCAGGUAAACUGGUGAUACCGGGUGGCAUCGAUGCCAGCGUGCACCUGCAGCAGACAUUCAUGAACGCCACCACACAAGACGACUUCUACAGCGGAACCAAGGCGGCGCUGUUGGGCGGCACUACUAUGGUGAUGGCUCACCUUCUUCCAGAGAAACACAUGUCACUGAUCGAAGCGUAUGAGAAGUGUCGCGCUCAUGCUGAUGCUAAAACCUGCUGUGAUUACGCCCUGCACAUGGGCGUCACCUGGUGGGGACCAAAGGUGCGCAGGGAGAUGGAGGUGUUAGUGGGUGAGAAGGGUGUGAACUCUUUCCAAAUGUUUAUGGCGUAUAAAGAUCUGAUGAUGUUGAAGGACUCUGAGCUGUAUCAGGUGCUGCACACCUGUAAAGACAUCGGAGCCGUCGCUCGUGUCCACGCUGAGAAUGGAGAUCUCGUAGUGGAGGGUGCUAAAGAGGCUUUAGAUCUGGGCAUCGGUGGUCCUGAGGGUAUAGAGAUCAGUCGACCAGAGGAGUUGGAGGCAGAAGCAACAAACCGAGCCAUAACCAUCGCCAACAGGGCUCACUGUCCAGUGUAUUUGGUGAAUGUGUCCAGCAUUUCUGCGGCUGAUGUCAUCGCUACUGCCAGGAUGCAGGAUAAGGUGGUUCAUGCGGAGACUACAGUAGCUCACUCUGUGUUGAGCGGGAUGCACUAUUAUCAUCAGGACUGGGCUCACGCCGCUGCUCACGUCAUAGCUCCACCCCUCCGGCUCGACCCCAACACACCUGACUACAUCAUGGGCCUGCUGGGCAAUGACAUCAUAAACGUGGUUGCGUCAGAUCACCGAGCAUUCAGCACUAAGCAGAAGGCGAUGGGGAAAGAAGACUUUACCAAGAUCCCUCAUGGCGCAGCUGGCGUGGAGGAUCGCAUGAGUGUUAUCUGGGAGAAAGGAGUGGUCGGCGGUAAGAUGGAUGAGAAUGGUUUUGUGGCUGUGACGAGCUCUAACGCUGCUAAAAUCUAUAAUCUGUACCCGCGAAAGGGACGCAUCAUUCCAGGAGCGGAUGCUGAUGUGGUGGUUUGGGAUCCAGAUGCCACCAGGACGAUCUCUGCCAGCGCUCAAGUUCAGGGUGGUGACUUCAACCUGUAUGAGAACCAGCACUGUCACGGCGUUCCCCUGGUAACCAUCAGCCGCGGUCGUCUGGUGUGCGAGAACGGUGUGUUCAUGUGCGCCGAGGGUUCCGGAAAGUUCUGCCCUCUCCGAGCGUUCCCCGAUAUCCUGUACAAGAAGAUGCUGCAGAGAGAAAAGACUCAGGCCCUGCGAAGAGUGGAUAGGACUCCAUACUCUGGGGACGUUUCUGUUGUAGCCAACUCUGGCAAGAAGGACUCCGACCCUCCAGAGGGCGACGUUACCAUGCGGGUGACCACCAGACAUGGAGGCAUGCGAGACCUGCACGAGUCCAGCUUCAGUCUCUCAGGCACCCAAGUGGACGACCACAUUCCCAAGAGGUCCUCUGCUCGAAUCCUCGCGCCCCCUGGUGGCCGCUCCAGUGGCAUCUGGUAAACGUGGAAACCACAGACCAGACUAAUCACACAGGUCUCCUCUGCGACCCCCUUUAUGUCCCUGUACACGUGUGAUGUUUGUAGUAAAUUAAUCACAACUCUGUUACAUUAAAUAAUCAGUCACAUUCAAAGUGCCAUUUAAACCAAACUGAAACUGUGCCACAUUACAUUACCGAUGGUGCGAGGACCCUAUUGUUCUUCUAGGCGUUUAUUAUUAUUUUCCCAAAUGAAUCACAUUUUUGAGGGCCUAAACAUACUCGAAAACUCAUGAAACUUUGCACACGCAUCAGAAUUGGCAAAAAUUUACAUCUGAUAUGGGUUUCAGAAUGAGGUGUGGCAAAAUGGCUCAGUAGCGCCACCUACAAACUUUCAACGAUGUGCGCUUUACGCUACGUUUCACCUACACGUAUGAAAAUGAGGACACAUGUGUAACAUGCUAAUACCUACAAAAAAGUAUCUCGUACCCAUGCCCUUAACUCAACAGGAAGUCAACCAUUUUGAUUUUUCUCUUAAAUUUUUGCUCAGUUUUUGCCAUUUCCAGGCCUCAUACUUUAACAAACUCCUCCUAGAGAUUAAAUCAGAUCAACAUCAUAUUCAGUCAGUCUAAUCUAAAGACCUUGGCGAUGCUAAAUUGUGAAGCUUUUGAGUUUUCUUUGAACAGCGUGUCUGUGGCGUCCUGACAAAUUUCGAUGUUUCACCAUGAAACAGGAAGUUGUUUUAACUCAAACAUAAAAUGUCCAAUCUGCCCCAAACAUCACAUGUUUGAUAAGAGUCCCGGCCUGAACACUUCUAUAUGACAAUAUUCAGUUAUAGUCAUAGCGCCACCUACUGGCAACAGGAAAUUACAUGUUUUACACUGAGAUACACUCAUAACAACAUUUAAGUGCUAAAGAAUGCUAAAAUAAUUUGAGUGACAUUCCCCUGGCACAGCAGCCCUAACGUGCACCAGCGUGCGAGGACCCGUUCAUCGCUGCUUACAGCUUUAAUUAUUAUUAUUCUGCCAUUGAAGUCUAUGGCAGCCCCUAUAACCAUACAUAAUGAAGUUGUGAAUUUUGGCACACUGAUAGAGGAUAUUCUCAAGUGUAACUAACCCAAAUUUGGGGUCUCUAACUCAUACCCUGUAGCGCCACCAAGAGUUCAAAUUUGCACACACGUUUCAACCUAUAACAUUUUAGCCGUAAGGCCUAGAAGCAAAAUAAUUUUUCGUCUAAUUCCUUGGCUCAUGCCGAGUCGAACGCAUACCAUGGUUUCAAUUUCCGCCCGACCAGAUGUUCCAGCAUUUGGAAUUUUCCGAAAAAUCAACUUUUUCUAACUCCUCUUAGACCAAACGGUUUUCGUAUACCACGUCAACGAAUUCAACGGCGAGCACGCCAAAAAAGACGUGAGGCUGUAUCUUCGCAACGCUUUGGCGUAUUGACACAAAAUGUUUUAUGUGUCUUCACAAGCAUGACCUGAAGGCACAGUUUUGGCACAAUGCCACCUAGUGCUCAGGAAAUACUUUUGAGUAGUUUGGCCUAAAAUCAUGGACUCUUUAGAUUCCUUGGGGCAUACCGAAUCAAAUGAUAUCCAAUUUUCCCAUGUCGGCCAUUUUGAAUUUGGCCUUAAAUUGCUGUAGAUCACAAACGUAUUGGCGUACCUCUACAAAAUGUGGUACAUGUCAUUGGGGCCAAGCCCUGAGGGUACCUAUAAAGUUUGGGACCAGCGCCACCUUGUGGUCUAAAUUUAUAAUAAAAUGUGUAUAAGUGCUUAUAACUGCUGAUUAAUUUGGCCAAUCGUCCUGACUGCUCUCUUUAGAUUCCUUCAUAAGCCGUAUGUUCGAUUUGCAAAAACUUUUGCAUGUAUCAUCUAGGGACUCUCAUGACUUAUAGUUAUGAAAAUCGUUUUAAUAAACGAAAUCGUUCUUGUGAAACGCAUCAAUAUAUUUCAUGUCAACAUGCCAAUAAGGAUAUGACGCUAUAGCUCUGCAAUGCUUUGCCGUAUUGACAUGAAACUUUGUACGUGUAAUUGUGUCCACACCCUGACAGCAUCACAUAAAUUUGGUGUCAGUGCCACCUAUUGGUAAAAAGUUAUUAUUACCUAUAUUGUAAUGCUAUGCUUCUUUUCUUAAAGUCAUAAUUAGUGAUGUGCAGUGAUACUUCCCCACAUGCCGUUGGUGUUGCGGCGUUGGUGCUUGGCCCCGUAAUUGCUACUUGCAACUAUAUUUCAGUCUAGUUCUGUCAGUUCGGUUGUUUUUUAAUCGAUGUAGAACCAAUGGAAAAAUUUGACAUAUCAGUGUUUAUAGUUCAUGAUAUUGCCAAAAAAUAAAGAUACAUUUUUGUACCCAAGUAUUAUUAGUGACAAUGUAAAAAGCGUAUUAAACUAGAAGUCUGAAGUCAUCAGAGAAGACCUGUACCUACGCACACACAUUUACACAGAUUCACAGUCAGUGCAAAUCAAAGGUGAGCACAUACAGUAUCUGUUGUCAGUGCAUUAUAACACAUGUAACAGCCCAUUGUAACGCAGCAGAAGCUAAUUAAGUUCAUUGUCAGAAGUCUUUAAGACGUGAUCAUAUUAUAAGUGUUCUUGACCUGCUUUAAGUAAAGUUGCAAAAUAAAUAUCUUCUUUAAAUGGUCAUAACAUAAACUUGAAACAUGUAGUACAUCACAAGUCAAACUUAUAUAGUGGAAGUGAUUUAUAAAAUAAGAUUUGUAUUAUUCUUGUGUGUGUUUACACCCAACAUGUGUGGUCGGGGGCGUGUCCAAAUCUGCGCCCUUGUGUGUGAUCAACAUACAGACAGUUUCUGAUGUAUUUGAACCUUGUAGCUCAAAAUGUACAUUGAAUGUGUGUAUUUUGUAUUUUAUGCAUGUGUAAUGUUUAUAACUUCCAGCUUGACUUGUAAUGUCUUAUAACCACUUGUGGAUGUUUAUAAGAAGACAUUGCUUUUGUCACUUUACUUAAAGCAUAACUGUUAUAUAUAUAUAUAUAUAUAUAUAUAUAUAUAUAUAUAUAUAUAUAUAUAUAUAUAUACAUUAUAACAUCUGCUGGAUGUUAUAAUGAACUGGAUGUUGCUUGUGUUAUAAUGCAUUAUACUGUAAGGGAUAUCUAUGAAUAGCUA